ACUUCCAGAAAGAGAAAAAAAAAAAAAAAAAAAACACAAACACAACCUAUUCAUGUUCAUUAACAGAACAAAAACUAAACAGAACUCCGAACUGAAGAGUGUUUUCUGAAGCAGAGAUUCUUUUGUUGCCAUAGGUUUUAGAAAGACAUGUCAUUGUUGUCAGGGAAGAAGAGAAACAGAGAGAUAAACGUGUUUUUGUUAUGCUCUUCACUCUCAAACUCAAAAAUUGUUCAACUUGUUACUUGUGUUGAUAAAAAAAUCGACCUUGGUUACAUAGCUAAUGGUUUUGGGUUAGACCCAUCAACGUUGAAGUUGAAUGGUUACUUUAUAAGUAGAGGGGUUGAUCUUAUCUCUUCUUCUCUUACUUGGAACUCUCUUCUCUCUUUCUUCUCUGCUAAGGGAUUGUCUACUGGGAAACAUGACCAUGAUGCUAUUCUUGUCACUGGCAAAGUGGUCAACAAGGGAGGACAUGAGUCACAAAAUUUUCAAAUUGGGAUUGACAAGGUGAUAGAAACUGAUAAUGCUGGUAGCAAUAGAGUGAAUCAGCUUGAAAAUAUGCACUUGCACAAAAAUAAAAAGUUGAGGGACAACAAAUCAGGUGAGAUUCUGAAUGUCCUAAACUGCAAGAGAAAGCAACUAUUUGAAGAUGUCAACCAAUUCAAGAAGUUAAAAAUAAACGAGGACAAGUCAGAUCUUAGAGAUAAAGUCGAUGAGCUCUCUGGAAGCAUUUCACUCAGCCAGUUUACAUGCAGUUACACGAAUAAGAAUCUGAAGCGGAUAAGAGAAGACGAGGUAAUUGUAGCAGCUAAUUACAAAAUGAUUAGAUGAAAUCUCUCACUCAAAAAGGAAAAGAAAAAAAAAAGUGUAGAGUUUUUUACAUUUCCUUUGUACAAUCUUAAACCUUUUGUCCAGUAAUUGCUGUAAACUGUAAAUUCAUCAAUCUGUAUGAUGUACUU